AUGAUGAACUCUCCCCAAACCUCGGGCUGGCAGGUUCUAGCCACCAAGGGAAAGCUCAUAGUAUCCUGCGUUCUGGGCCUCUUCUUCCUUACCAUCGGGAUGAACAUCCGAGCUGAGCUCGGAGCUGGAAGCAACCAGAAGAUGUCCAAGCGCGACACCACCAGCACCAGUACCCCCACCAUCUGGCAACCAGCAGCCGGAGUGAAAUGGCAAAUCCAACUCGUUGAUGCCGUCGAAGACACCACCAUCGACGCCGACAUCUGGGACAUCGAUCUCUUCGACAACACCGCUGAAACAAUCACCACUCUCCAGAACAAAGGCCACAAAGUCAUCUGCUACUUCUCAGCCGGUACAUACGAAGACUGGCGCCCGGACAUUAGCAAGUUCGACACCGCAGACUUCGGCAGCAACCUUGACGAGUGGCCAGGUGAGCGAUGGCUAAACAUCAAAUCGAGUAGCGUUCGCGCGAUCAUGAGCUCACGGCUGGAUAUGGCAAAGCAGAAGGGCUGUGAUGGUGUUGACCCGGAUAAUAUCGAUGCGUAUGGGAAUGAGAAUGGUCUCGGGUUGACAGAGGCUGAUUCGAUUGAUUUCUUGACUUUCCUGGCAUCCGAGUCGCAUUCCCGUGGCAUGUCGAUCGGGUUGAAGAAUGGCGGUGAUAUUAUCGGCUCUGUUAUUGAUAAGAUGCAGUGGUCGGUUAAUGAGCAGUGUGCGGAGUAUGACGAGUGUGAGACAUACGCUGCCUUCACAGAAGUCAAUAAGCCAGUUUUCCAUAUUGAAUAUUCUGGGGAGACUAUUGAGUCUGGUAGCUCUGAUGAUACUUCUGUCUCGGCCACCGAGACUACCACUGAUAGCAAGGCUACUUCCACUCCCACUGCUAUCGCUACCCCUGCUUCCAGCUCUUCUCCCACUGCCACUGCCACUGCCACUGCCACUGUCGAUGCUACCCCUGUUUCUACCUCUGCUGUGACCGCUGCAACCAGCACGGAUGAUGAUGCUACCAAAACUGGCAGCACUGACACUGAUGGUGACGACGAGGAGGCCGACGAAGAUGAAGAGGAAGACGAUGAGGAUGAGGAUGACGAUGAGGAUGAGGAUGACGAUGAGGAUGAGGAUGACGACGAGGAUAAGGAUGACGACGAGGACGAUGAAGACGACGAGGAAGAUAACACCAGUGCCGAUGCCAUCAAGGAGCGAAAACACCAAUACGGUCAUGGUCACCACAAGCUCCGAGCCAGGGCUGUUCUCUCCUCCACGCUGAAGACCUCAGCCUGCAACGCGGCCAGCGCCGACAAAUUCUCCACUGUCAUCAAGAAUAUGAAUCUAGAUGCUUGGGUUGAAUAUUGCUAG